UCAAGGUAAUGCCUCCUGGUCAGGUUGGUUGUAUGUAGCAGGAGCUAGUCAGCUAGCUAGAUAAAACAACGUCUGUGUUGGUGACUUUUAUAUGUGUAUAAACAUUAGACUCUCCUCUGGAAUAGGACACCUCCAUGAACAACUUGAAUGACCCCCCUAGAUGGAACAUGGGGCCAGACCCACGAGGAGGUGCUGCCGACGGGAACCAAUGGAAUUAUGCCCCCCUGGUGCCAAUGCUGGCGCUGGCUGCCUUUCGUAAGUAGCCUGCACAGUACAGUGUUACACAAGGACAGAGUAUUCACUAUACAUCAUAUGUGGCGUAUAGAACUGAAGACGAAAGCUAUAGACCUAUCUUGCACUUACUUUGACAGACACUGACUAGCCUUAUUCUCUUUUGUGGUGACUUCACUGCAUUGCCCUACACCAAAAUAGGUCGUCAUUACAACAUUAUAACAGUAUUAUUACAGUCACUAUAUAUAUAAUAUUGUAGCAAAGUGAUGGGGUAGUUCCGACCGGGGCUUGAACAUGGGACUGUUGACCCAACACCUUCUCUGAGGAGGGGAGGUUGGUGGGUUAUUAUAUGAGAAGGGAUCAACAGCCACAAGGUCCUGGGUUUAAGCCCUAGUCAGGACUACCCCCUAUAAUAACCAAACAACCUCCCAUCCUCAGGCUGGAUCUGGACCAGAGAGUCUCAGAGAGAGAUCAUAAAGGUCAAGGCCCAGUACGACCAGGACAUGUCUGCCGUGACCUCCAACCUUGAGAUGAAGUACAGAGACACCCUGACGGAGAACCGGCGGGCGGCGGCCAUCUUAGAGCUGGAGCUGGAGGAGGAGAGGCAGACGGUUCAGGGGUACCGCCGGGCCCUCAUCUCACAGAGCCAGCGGGUCAUGGAGGAACGCAAGCAGCUCCAGGUGGAACGAGAGGUGGGGGGGACUUGACUUAAAGAUGCACUCCGGGAUCUUAAGCACAACAAAUUCGUAACAUAUUGCACAAAUUGGAUUCGUAACAUAUCACACAUAUUUCUAAAUUUGUAUGAUGUCGCACAAAUUGCAAAAUUCGUAGCAUAUCACACGAAAUGGAUGACGUAGUACACAGAAAACGGGGACCACUUUUGGCUCGUCACCAACACUUUCAAAACUACUGGCUUAAAGUAUCCAACAGUUAGAGAAUGAAUCUUUAACUUAGUUUUAGCUCCUAGUGGAGCCUUGUAAGGGCCUCGAAGGUGUGAGAGGAAUGUUGCUUUUAAGAUGGAGUUGUUAUAAGCUACGGUUAUUUUUUGAUGUUUAAAUACAAACAGAUGGGGACAGUGAAAAAGAGACAGGAAAGGUAUGAGACGUGUGCCAGAAAGAAGAUUAAAAUCCAAGCAGACACUGCUAUACCAAUACGUGUGUGCUGAAAGGCUGUGGAACUAAUCGCUUGAGCACCCCAAGCCACAGUUGAGGUUUGUAUUAUCUUGUGUUGUAUAAACAUGUCAUUUUCAAUCCCCAGGCUCUGGAGCAGGAGAAGACAAAGCUUUUAGAAUCCGGCGCUGCUGGUGCCAUCCUCCAACGCGCUCUGGACAGAGAGAGCGACUGGCACCAGAGGGCCUCAGCCAUGCUGAAGGAUCUGGAGGAGGGCCUUGUAGAGAGACAGGGGGCCUACUGCAACCUGCUCCUCCCCAGGGAACAUAGGCUGGAGAUGGAGAAGAACCUGCUCCUCAAAGUGGUGAAGGAACCGCUGGGGACUGAUACAGAUCUGGAGGGAGACCUGAAGGACAUCUUUAAGAACGACCGCUACUGUGCCAAAGGCAACAAUCGCCUCCUCAACGUGAAGAAAAUGGACAAGAGGAAGAAUGGUAGCUUGAUGUGGCUCUACCUCAGAUACUGGCAGCUGCAGGUUACCAUGGAGACGCAUAAACGGGCAGAGGACUCAAUACUGGGAAACAACCAUCUGAAGUGACCUUGAUAGGGUUGACAUUAAGGAUAUAGUAUCAGUCUUCUUGACUGCACAAAUGUUUUAUUUUUCACUAAAGGUGAAUUAGUGUGUAUAUUUCAUUUCCUCUACAUCAUAUUAUGACUCCUGACGAAUGUAAACACUUACUUAGUUACUAUUGAAACACAGUAAAUGCCAAUGGAAUUGUCAUUGAAUGUCAGGGAUAUUUUCAUGACUACAGUUUUGUCUAUGCACUCCAAACCCAAUGUUGGAUGAUAUGAAUGAUACAGUAUCAUGAAUUAUAGAGGAAUAUUUCCUUUUGUAAAAUCCUGUUAUUUCCACUCUGGACAUCACAGCUGUUUGGUCAGUCAUGUAAAAAAAGAGUGAUAUACUUUAUUUUGAUAUCACAGAAGAUACAAUGUUAUAACAGAGACUGUGGUUGUGUCAUACAAUCAUUCAAUAUACUGACAUCUCUGACUGGCUACUUUGUGUGGUUUAUUUACAUUUGAAUAAUGGUUGAGUAAAGCCCAGGAGCACUUGACAAUCAUUGCUGACCAUAGCAUCAUCAGGCUCUAUAAACUUUGAACAAAUGUAAACUGAAUCUGAGAAAUAGUCAAGCGAACUGUAAUCUCUCAGAUCAACAAGACCUUAGCAGACAUUUACAUUUUAUUCAUUUAGCAGA